GGUCAGUCAGUCGCAACCGUACUGCGGAACACUCCACAAUAUUGCAAAAUGCGUUGGCUCCACACAGUAGCGGUGGCGUGCUUGCUGCACGUGGUGGUACCAGCCGAGUACCUGCUGCCGGGCGACGUGGUGCCCAACCACUACCAUCUCCAGUACACCUUCGACAUAGACCCCACCACCAACUUCAGUUAUUUCGCCGUCGUUGACAUAUUCCUGCACGUGAGAAAAUCGACGUCGAGAAUAGUUCUCCACGCAAAUGACAUAUCCAUUGUGGAUCCUAUCAUCCGCCAGGGUGAUACGCAAUCACACCAGGUCACGGGCUAUAGGGUCAACGACACCUACAGCCUGAUGACCAUCAGUCUGGACAAGGAGUUGGAGGAGAACCAGAACUACACCCUGACCAUACCGUUCUAUGGUAACGUUAAGCACGGAUUGGAUGGAGCGUACAUUAGCACAUAUGUUAAUCAGCAGACGAAGGAGAAAGAAUACCUGAUCACAACUCAGUUCGAGGCUAUAUCAGCACGCAAAGCGUUCCCCUGCUUCGAUGAGCCGAUGUACAAGGCCACCUACUCCAUCGUCAUUGGACAUCACAAGGACUACACAGCUAUAUCCAACAUGCCUCUGGAGAACUCUGCUUCAGAAAACACUCUCGAAGACCACUGGCCAUGGAGUCACAUUGAAAAGAAAUUCAAGAAACCUAAGUCUGAAUUCGUAUGGGAUUCGUAUGAGAAGUCGGUAGCUAUGUCAACCUACCUUCUUGCUUUCGUGGUCUCCAAAUUCUCCUUCGUCCAGAGCCCUUCGGACCUGUCGGAUACUAAGUUCAGGAUAUGGGCAAGACCUGACGCCUUAGACCAGACCGCCUAUGCCUCCAAGACUGGUCCCAAAGCCCUGUCGUACUUCGAGCAAUGGUUCAAUCUGAGCUACCCACUGCCUAAGCAGGACAUGAUCGCCAUUCCCGACUUCGCAUCAGGUGCCAUGGAGAACUGGGGUCUCAUCACUUACAGGGAGAAGGAUCUGCUGUAUGAUGAGAAGCAAUCUUCUUUCUUGAACAAGGAGAGAGUCGCUACGGUAAUUGCCCACGAGCUCGCCCACCAGUGGUUCGGUAACCUGGUCACCAUGAAGUGGUGGUCAGACCUCUGGUUGAACGAGGGUUUUGCAACCUUCGCUGCCACCGUCGCAGUCAACCACGUGGAACCGACCUGGAACGCCGACAAGAGCUCUGCUGUCAAUGAUAUGCUGCUCAUCAUGAACUUGGAUGCUCUUGAGUCUUCACAUCCCGUGUCGGUCCCUAUCGACGAUCCCAAGCGUAUCUCUGAGAUUUUCGACGACAUCUCCUACCAGAAGGGAUCCACUCUCAUUCGGAUGAUGACCAUGUUCCUCGGAGACGAGGUCUUUAGAAAGGCCAUAAACAACUACCUUCGUAAGUACUCAUACAACAAUGCGGAGCAGGACGACCUCUGGCGCGAGCUGACGGCAGUGAGCGACGAGUACGGAGCUCUGCCUGGCAACGUCUCCGUCAAGGAUAUAAUGGACACGUGGACCACUCAGACUGGAUACCCCAUCCUUACCGUCACCAGGGAUUAUGAGGACAAGUCCGUUACCGUGAUGCAGCGUCGCUACCUGUCCCUGGCGGCGCGGUCCGCGGGGCGUACGUCGUGGUGGGUGCCGCUGAGCGUGCUCAGCGAGGCGGAGGCGCGCGGCGCGGCGCCCGCACUGCGCUGGCUGGCGGCCGGACAGGGACUCACCUCGCAGCACCGCUUCGACCACACAGCCGAGCAGGACCAGUGGCUGCUCUUCAACCACGAUAUGAUUGCUCCGUACCGCGUCAACUACGACAUUGGCAACUGGCAGCUGCUGUCCAACACCCUGAAGUCCAAUGACUACACGCGCGUGCCUCUACUCGGCAGGGUUCAACUCCUGUCUGAUGUAUUCGCACUCGCUUGGACCAACCACCUCGAGUACUCCACCGCACUCAACUUGGCAUCCUACCUCCAACACGAGACAGAGUACCUCCCUCUGUACACCGGCUUAAGAGGACUGAUGCAGAUCGAGAAUGUUCUCAAACGCACUCCGGACUACGGCGCCUUCCAGAAGUUUGUGAGGAAACUCAUCGGCGAGAUAUACGUGAGGUCGGGAGGACUUGCCACCAAGAAGAUCCUCAACGGACACGACCUGAACAGCGUCAAGAUGCAGGUGACAAUGAGCUCGUGGGCGUGCCGUAUGAAGGUGCCAGGGUGCGAGGAGAACGCCAUGCAGCUCUUCCGCCAGUGGAUGGACACUGAGAACCCAGAUGAGAACAACCCUAUCCCGCUGGACCUGCGUCGCAGUGUGUACUGCGUGGGGGUGUCGCGCGGCGGCCCGGCGGAGUGGCGGUUCGCGCUGGCGCGGGAGCAGCGCGCCAACGUGGCCGCCGCGCGCUCCGCGCUGCUCGCCGCCCUCACCUGCUCCAAGGACGUCUGGAUACUCGCGCAGUACUUGGAAUGGACAGUCACGGAAGGGUCUGGCGUGCGUAAACAGGAUGUCCUACCAGUCAUCGUAAACAUCAUCAGGUCGCCCGUCGGGUACUACGUCGCCAAGGACUUCAUCUACACCCGGGUCGAAGAUAUUUACAAUACGUUCAAGGGCCAGUACAGGCGCAUGGGAGACAUGAUCAAGACAUUGCUGCAGCAGUUCACCACCCAGGGAGAGCUGGACACUUUCCUAGCGUGGCGUGAGAAGAACACCAAGUUCUUAGUCGACUCGAAGUUGGCUGUAGAACAAGCCAUCGAGAACGCGAAGGUCAACAUCAACUGGAUCACGAAGAACAGGAAGAAUGUCGUCGAUAAACUCAGGGAGUUUUCCACGUAAGGAGUUUAGUUAUGUCACCGUUUGUCAGGGGAAUAAAUUGCGAAAGAUUUGCUGGCGUCAAACUAUCGCAUUUGGACACUGAAUCUACAUUAUAAAGCAAGCAAAAAUAUAAUAAAAUGUCUCCUUACUUGUUUGAAUUGUGUUUAAGACUUUCUUCAAAAUUCCCUCUUUAAGAGUUCAAAGUUUAAUUUCGGUUUAGGUAGCUAUUCUCCUGACAAAUUAGCAGAAAAUGAGGCCAGUAGGUCCAAUAAGAGUCCUAGUGCUUCUAUGUAGUGUAGUAGCUAGAUAAGUAGGCAUUGUAAUAAUUCGUAUACUGUACUUAAUAUGGCUGACAUUUUUAAAAAGCAUAGCUUCGUAUUACUAGUUCGGUUGCUUUAUAAGUAAUUCUCACAAAUAAUUUGUUUCACAUAUAAAAAUGUUAAUUGGUUUUUUUAUUAAAUAAAAAACGGCCUCUUCCUAGCUCCGGUUUACCAAUAAAACUUCAAUUUUAGAAAUUAAAUAUUUCCCGUAAUUAACAGUAUUUUGAAUUAAUUUUAUUCUAAUUGAAAUGUUUAAUUUCUAUCGUGUUAAGUACCUAGAUACUUAAUUAAACGUAGAACAAAAUAGCUAAUUACAACCAGUGUAGAACAAACAGUAGUUUGUAAUCAAAUUUUAUAACGUUUAGUUUAUUUUUAGUCCGCGACGACAACCUGGGAUGCCGUGGAAGGGACAGCCUAGCUUCAUGAGUUCUAUAUACGCGAUACACAACAUUUCUAGAGCUCGGCUGAGGCCGUUUGAGUAUUACGUCGGAAAAUAGUGUUUAUUUUGUGAUAGGAAUAAAGACUGUUGUUAUAUUUCAGACAGUUAAAGGGUAAAUUAAUAUCCAAGUUAGGGGAAAGGUUUUUCAAUGUGUCUGAAUUUUUAAUCAAGUCAACUGACAGUUUUUUUUUACUUUUUCUACAACUUGGCGACUUGCUCUGCCGUGCACCUAUUUUGUUUUUAAUUAAACACUGGCUUUAUUUGUGUUGCCAAUUAUUAUUUUAAUGGCUUUAAUUUUGUGUUACCAGUGAAAAAAACUAUAUUUUCUUUAACAAGCUGCCUCGUUUACCUAUUUGUUAUUGUUUAUGUAUUUAAUUUUUAAGUUUUAGAUGAAUCUUGAUAGAAAAAAAUCUAAAUAAUUAUGUAUUUCUGCAAUGUUUUAUAAUAAUGAUGAUUUUAAUUCUAUUUUAAAUAAUUUAUAAAAUACCGUUGGCAUAAUGUGUAGAUAUUUAUUGUUAAUGGUAUAACUCCGUCCAGUACAAGUUUAUGAAUCGUUACUUAUUUCAUAAAAAUAGAAUUAAAAAUAAA